GAGAUUCCCGAACAGAGACCGGAAGUCGCCGAACCGAGGGUGUGUUGGCCGGAACCGCCCACUCAAAACUCUUUCCGCUUCCGGCGGUGGAGGAGAGCGGAGGUCUCGUAGCUCCGUUCCGAUUGCGGUAGGCCCCGUAGGCCGCAGCGAAGCCGGGACCCACAGUAGAAGCUGCUGCCGCCCUCCGCAGCGCCAUGUCGGCCCACCUGCAGUGGAUGGUGGUGCGGAACUGCUCGAGUUUCCUCAUCAAACGCAACCACCAGACCUACAGCACGGAACCCAACAACCUGAAAUCCCGCAACUCGUUCCGUUACAACGGCUUGAUCCACCGCAAGACGCUGGGCGUGGAACCGGCUCCG